AUGCAGCUGGAGCUGGAUCUGCCACCGGUGAAAACGGUGAUGUACACCACGUGGGGCGAUAUGCUUCGACAUUGGCCGAAAACCACAUUGUGUAUCGUCUCCAAUGAAUUCUGUGAACGUUUCUCGUACUAUGGAAUGAGAAUUUCACCGUACUCUGCUAUCUUACACCAUUUACUUGGAUCAAUAAUAGCUGACGGCUAUAUCGGGAAGUUUUGGACGAUUUUCUCCGUUUCAAUUCUGUACGCCUGCGGUCAAGUAAUUCUCGCUAUUGCUUCCGUCAAGAACAAAGAGUCCAGCAUUCAUCCAUGGAUGGACUUGGCAGGAUUGAUUAUUAUUGGCUUCGGAACAGGUGGUAUCAAACCUUGUGUCUCAGCUUUCGGAGGUGAUCAGUUUGAAGUAGGCCAGGUAAGAGAUGAAACAUGGAUGAGCGAUUACUUCCUAGCCUCUCUUGAUUGCCUUGUUCUCAACUUCUUUACCUGCGAAUUUCAGGAGCGGAUGCUGUCGUUAUUCUUUUCCAUGUUUUACUUCUCUAUCAACGCUGGUUCCAUGAUAUCCACUUUCAUAUCACCAAUUUUCCGA